ACCUUGCAUUCACUAUAUCCAGGCUGUCAGACCCUACAUUCACUAUAUCUGGUCUCUCCGGACCCUGCAUUCACUAUACCUGGUCUCCCAGGACCCUGCACUCACUAUAUCUGGUCUCCCCGGACCCUGCAUUCACUAUAUCUGGUCUCCCCGGACCCUGCAUUCACUAUAUCUGGUCUCUGCGGACCCUGCAUUCACUAUAUCUGGUCUCCCCGGACCCUGCAUUCACUAUACCUGGUCUCCCAGGACCCUGCACUCACUAUAUCUGGUCUCCCCGGACUCUGCAUUCACUAUAUCUGGUCUCCCCGGACCCUGCACUCACUAUAUCCGGUCUCCCCGGACCCUGAACUCACUAUAUCUGGUCUCCCAGGACCCUGCACUCACUAUAUCUGGUCUCUC